UUGAAGGAAGAAGAAAACAAAAACCAAAAGCAAAAUGAAGUUCACAAGCAAUUCAAAAAUUGAUGAAGAAUUACUUCAUCAAAAUUCUUCAGCAGCAGCAACAAGUUCUCCUUCAACAAACAAAUUUUUAUUUCAACACCCUCCAAUUGAUGAAUCAUUCAUUUCUCCAUCAAAACAACAAUGGAAAGGAUAUUUGUCUACACCUGCUUCAAAUGUCAACAAAAAUUGCUUAAAAACACCUUCACCAGCCGAAUGAUGAAGUAAGCCUUGGAAAUUUGUUGCUGAUGACUCCAGGUUUUGUUUUUUUGUUAAUCUUUGUGGUCCCUUCUGGGGACGGGGGUCUUUUUGUAAGCUUGGAAAAGAGCUUAUCCUCUGUCAAGCGUCGGUCCUUAGUCUUUGUUCUGGGACCUGAUACAUAGUUAUGCACCUGAUCAUCUGUUGAUGGUGCAUCAAGGUUAUACAAGUCCAUGUUCCCUCGUUCUCUACCGAUUUUUUCCUUUGCUGACACAACAGACAAUUGCGGACUCAAGUUUAUCAGUGAGCGGGGUGUUCUAGGAGGAGCCAUCUUUUCCCAUCUGUUUAAAAAUGGGAAACUUACUAGGAAUAAAGUUGUGGCUAAAGUUAUGGGGUAACCCCUAUCUUCUCUAACUCGUUUUUCCAAACAAAAAAAUUUUAUUUUUAAGAUUGUAAAGAAAGAUUCUGAGGCGGAAGAAGAAGAAGAAUUUGAUGAAGACAAGAUGCCUUCAGAUGUCAACAGAAAUUGUUUCAAAACACCUUCACCUGCUUGAAUGAUGAAACAAUCUGUAAAAAUAUUGGGAAUUUGUUGCUGACGACUUCAGGUUUUGUUUUUUUUUUGUUAAUCUUUGUGGUCCUUUCUGGGGAUCGGGAGGGGACUUUUUAGCUUGUGAAAGAGCUCAUCUUCUGUCAGGCAUAGAUCCCUUGUCUCGAUCCUGUCUGUUGAUGGGGUAUCAGGUUAUUAAGAAUCAAUGUC